AUGGCCCCUGCUCCCCGUGUCUACUCCAAGACCUACAAGGUCCCCCGUCGCCCUUAUGAGUCGGCUCGUCUUGACUCUGAACUGAAGGUUGUCGGAGAGUAUGGCCUCCGCAACAAGCGUGAGGUCUGGCGUGUCCAGCUUACCCUGUCCAAGAUUCGUCGUGCUGCUCGUGAGCUCCUCACCCUUGACGAGAAGGACCCCAAGCGUCUUUUCGAGGGUAACGCCCUGAUUCGCCGUCUGGUCCGUAUCGGUGUGCUCGACGAGUCCCGCAUGAAGCUCGAUUACGUUCUGGCCCUCAAGGUCGAGGAUUUCUUGGAGCGUCGUCUGCAGACCUGUGUCUACAAGCUCGGCCUCGCCAAGUCCAUCCACCACGCCCGUGUCCUGAUCAAGCAGCGCCACAUCCGUGUCGGCAAGCAGAUCGUCAACGUGCCCUCUUUCAUGGUCCGCCUGGACUCCCAGAAGCACAUUGACUUCUCUCUGACCUCUCCCUUCGGUGGUGGCCGUCCCGGCCGUACCCGCCGCAAGAAGGCCGCCGCUGCUGCCGGUGGUGGUGAUGACGGUGAAGAGGAGGAGGACGAGGAGUAA